AUGGAUUUCAAUGCCCCCUUUCUUCGCUUCAGCGUUCUUACCCAUCUCAUAAAAAAACAACUAAUCGAACUCUAUCCCUCUGAACUCCACCGAGUCAAACCAACGAUUACAACUGCAGCGACCCCUGGAAUUUUAGGCUGGAGUCACCCUGGAAAUUUCGCGUCUCCAGCACAAUCCUCGCUCAUCCAGUUUGGUUUUCCAAAUGCAUUUGGCGGAUUUGGGGACCAGAGUUCGAUGCAGGCACGUACCAUGGCCGGCGCAACUUCUUUUGGAACCAGUGAAGGUGUAGACGAUGCCGCUGAAUCCCCAGCCUCAAAGAACUCCAGACAUAAACCGGUUGGAGGACUAUUUGACAGCCAUACUUCCGCUUCCAGAGAAUCCAUUGACGAAAAAAUAGCUGUUGCAGCAGUUGCAGCUAGCUCAAAGAAGCCACAGAACAAGAAAUUCAAAGACCUGAACAUAAAAUAUAUUAGCCACAUUGAGGCGGUCUUCUACUUUGGCAUUAUUUCCCUCGUGGCUGGGUUUCGUUCAGAAUUAAGUUACAAGGCAAGUGGAAGGGGAAAUUGGAAAGCAACGAUCACGUAUCGUGGCGAGAAGGCUUCUACGCACAUCCCGUUUCGAGAUAAGUUUAUUGCUAGAGCGAGACUUGCCGGAUUGCGCCAAGAGGGUUGGAAUUGA